CUUCUCUCUCCAGUUGGUGCAGAACAAUUCCCACCUUUGCAUUGUUCUCUGCAUCUGCCACUUCCCAUUUCAAAAUAUCUUCCUAUACAUCCCUUCUUCUCCAUAUUCUCACACACACAUUGAAACAUACCACAUAACUAUUAGUUUUCUUCAUCUCUCCAAAGGGUCAUUGUUCUCUGCACCUGUUCUCCUUACUCCUUUGUCGUCCUUCGCUUACAUAAAUUUCCACAAAAAUUUAGAUUCUCUGUUUUUCUAUCGAUUUUCUUGCCAUUUUCCCUAGAAAUCUAGAAGGGUCCUCAAGAUUUCUCUCCAAAAUGCCGUCAUUGGAAGAAGAAUUGUUUCCAUCAACACCAGGUAAGUUCAAAGAUCGAACCCACACAAUGAACAGACAAUUCCAACGUUGUUUCUCUUCGACGACCACAAUGUUCCUCUGGGCACUCUUCUUAAUCGCCUUAACGGCGUCGUAUCUGAGCUUCCAGUCUUUCGUUGAUUCCGGUAGCCGGUUCUUCUCCUCCUCCUGGGGUGGGAUCCAAUGGGAAAGACAAGUCCGUACAUCCGGCCAACCUCGCCGGCCGAACGGCUUUUCGGUUCUGGUCACCGGCGCCGCCGGCUUCGUUGGGACCCACGUCUCAUUGGCGUUGAAGAAGAGAGGAGACGGCGUCGUUGGGUUAGAUAAUUUCAACAACUAUUACGACCCAUUGUUAAAGAAAGACAGAAAAGCCCUUUUAAAUUCCCACAAUAUUUUCAUAGUGGAGGGUGAUGUUAACGAUGCGCGCAUGCUUGCAAAGCUCUUCGAUAUUGUAGCCUUUUCUCACGUUAUGCACUUGGCUGCGCAGGCUGGGGUGAGAUACGCCAUGGAGAACCCACAUUCUUAUGUUCACAGUAACAUUGCUGGGCUUGUGACGCUCUUGGAGGCCUGUAAGAGUGCAAGCCCACAGCCUGCUAUUGUUUGGGCCAGCUCAAGUUCUGUUUAUGGAUUAAACGAUAAGGUUCCAUUUUCCGAAUCGGAUCAGACGGACCGACCCGCUUCUCUCUAUGCAGCCACCAAAAAGGCCGGUGAAGAAAUCACCCACACUUACAAUCAUAUUUACGGGCUUUCAAUUACCGGGUUGAGGUUUUUUACCGUUUAUGGCCCUUGGGGCAGACCCGACAUGGCUUAUUUUUCAUUUACCCGGAAUAUUUUACAAGGGAAGCCCAUUACUAUUUACCGUGGUAAAAACAAGGUUGAUUUGGCUAGAGAUUUUACUUACAUUGAUGAUAUUGUGAAAGGGUGUAUCGGGUCACUGGAUACAUCGGGUAAGAGUACAGGGUCAGGUGGGAAGAAACGGGGCCCGGCAAUGUAUCGGAUCUUCAAUUUGGGUAACACGUCGCCCGUGACUGUGCCGAUGAUGGUGGGCAUUUUGGAGAAGCAUUUGAAGACGAAGGCUAAGAAGAAUUUUGUGGAAAUGCCGGGAAACGGCGACGUUCCGUUUACGAAUGCGAAUAUAAGCUUUGCCCGGAGGGAGCUCGGGUAUAAACCCACGACCCAGUUGGAAGCCGGGUUGAAGAAGUUUGUUAGGUGGUAUCUAUCAUAUUACGGCUACAAUCACGGCAAGCCUGUAUAAUAAUAUUCGAUUUCUUUUUCAAUUAUUUUGUGAUUACUUUUUUUUUCCCGGAAAAUGAGAAAAGGAGAAAAGAAAAAAUUCGUGUAAAGAAGAGUCAAUUGUAUUCUUUUCUUGGGGAUGAGGUGAAGGAAGAACUUUAUCCUCGGCCAGAGUUUUGUUGUUAAUUUUUAACAAAGUUUUUGGUACUAAUUUGUCC